GCACAACCAAAUCCAAAUCCAAAUCCAAACCCACAUUUCCUCUUAUGCGAUAUGGAGAUCAAUGGCUUGGUUUGUCUUAAUAGCCCACCUUGGUCUCCACUCAUCACUCUUUGGAACCCUGCUACCAAAAUCGUCCAUUUCACCACUGACUUUGUUUCUAAGUUGUCCGUUGGUUUUGCAUUUGAUUUUGUAAACAACGAUUACAAGGUUCUACGGAUUGUCUCCUUCAAAUGUGGCAUUGUAAUUGAUUUUUGAAAACUAAAACCAAACAUAGCAUUCAAAUACAAGGGUGGAAAAUUUAUUAGAAACUCACUCCAAACACAGCCUUAAUAUCUCAACAGGAACUUGGGUUGAGCUCUACUCUGUCAAUUCUGCUACUUGGAAAGAGAUUGAGAUUUGAGAUCGAGAUUGAGAUUUAGAUGGACCACCUUCCCUUCCAUUUCUUUGAAUUUAGGUGUGCUGUGGUGGUCAAGGGUGUGCCCUAUUGGAUAGUGUAUCCUGAGGAGGAGGAUGAGUUUAAUGUUGGUGAGAUUUUCUUGUGGUUCGAUGUGGGUAAUGAGCCCUGUAUUUACUUGAUGUCGUCCUGUCAAUGUCAAGGAUUCUUUGUGCCUGUCUAUUCUUCUGCUGUUCAUGCUUUGCUGCCUCUCAGUGGAUUUGAAGACCCAAAUGAGUUCGUUGAUAUGUGGGUGAUGGAAGACUCUGGUGUUGGUGGUCGUGACUGCUCUUGGAGUAAGAAAUUCACUGUUGGACCCAUUUUGGGGGUUGAGAGGCUGUUGGGAUGUUCCAAAAAUGGCGAGAAGAAUGAUUCAUGCAGUCGAUCCCAUUUGAUGGGAUUUUGGUUUGGUUGGUUCUAAAGAAGUUAAGAAUGUUCAAAUUAAUGGGGCUCUUGCAGGGUCAUCUCUAGUUUGUAGCUACUCAGAGAGCCUAGUUUCAAUCAGAGGGUUUGUACAAGUUUGGAAAUUGGAUAAGAAGUUCACCGAACAGUUUUAUAAGCAGGACAUAAAGAACAGGUAUCGUGGACAUUUUACAUCCUAAUUUGCAUUUAAUGCAUAUUGUAGUGUUGAAUGUAGUUUUGGGAUCUUCAUUGGCUAUGCUUUUGUUAAGCAUGUAGUUUAUGCUUUAACGGUGACCAAUGUUUCCCUAAGGACAUGCUCAUUGUCUGUAGCAGUUGGGUUGCUUGUAUGUCAAUUUUCAUGAACACUUCAUAUGUUAAGAUAUAUUUUGAACAGAUUCUGAUUGGAGUUGACUACAUAUAUUCUGUUUGUCUUGGGUUUUAAAGUAUUCUCGUACAGCUGCAUUUUGACUUUGGCAGUGAUUGAUAAGCAAAAGUCGCAAUAGCAUAGGACUAAAAGUAGAGUGGAGUGAUGUGAAGUCUAUUUACUGAAUAUCUUUGUAAUGUGUUGCUGGAUCACUACUAGAAAAAUGACUUUUUGCUACUAUAUAAUUUGCGACCACUGUACUAGCAGUGGCAAAUAGUCAAUUUAUUCCUUAUUUUCCUUUAUUUAUUUUCCCCUCUUCCUUACAUUUGCCCUAGUCUCUUCACAAACAGCACUGAUCGUUCUCUCUCUCUCUCAAUCUCUCUCUCGAAAUAUGUGUGUUAAGCAUUGAGUCACUGCUGAUUUUAAGUAGAUGAAUUUGGGGAUUUUUGAGUGUGUUACAAAUCGAUAGAAGAUGGAGUAAUAGUAGAGUGAGUUGAGGUUUGAUGAAGAUUAGAGAUCGAGAAGACGGAUACUCAGUGGUUCACUACGAAGAAGUCAUCUCCUAAUUCGAAGCAAAAGCGAGGUUCAUUUUGCUGAAAAAAUUGUUCCAGUAUUUCAGUUCUAUCUCAAUUCUCAAUUUAAUUUUUCAAUUUCUUCUUUAUCUCGUUGUUUUGAUUGAUUGAUCCAUGAUUUUUCCAAUUUUCCUGCUAAUAUAUCUGUACAAGUAUAUGUAAACAUGUGUUUUUUUUUUUUUUUCAUUGAAUAUAUGGCCAUCUAUGGCAGCUUGAC